AUGAAACCCUUCCAAGGAAUAACAUUUUGUCCGACUGCAAUAAAUAAUGAAAUCUUAUCAAAGAAGAUAUCCAAGAAGAUCAUCAAGUUGGGUGGCAUAUUUUCUAAAGAUCUGACCAGACAGGUCAACGUUCUUAUCGUCGGAUCUACUACUAAUACGAACAAGUUCAAAUUUGCUGUGAAGCACAGAUUUGACAUCAUAUUCAUUGACAUCCACGCAAUCAACGACAUCUACCAGCUUUGGUUAUCUGGAGAAAACGUAUUGCCGCAAUCCGGCAUCGCUGCGACAACGAAUAUCACUCAUGAAAUGUUAAAAACGCUGUAUCAGCGAUUUUCGUUCAAAUUUUUGCAGAACUUCAAUAUCUUCAUUGGCAGAAUAAACGAUGCGAAAACCACGUCCAUUGAUUCAUUGAUUCAGUCCAUUAAGAAAUUAGGCUGUUCAAGUUACAAUUACCAAAAUUUUGUGAUUAGAGAUACGGCCUCCCAUGAUGAUGAUAACCAAGACCCGGACGCGCAGAUAUCGAUCUUUGUUACGGAUUCGUUGUCUGGCGCAAGAGUUAGUGCCGCCAUCGCCCAAAACUUGCCCAUCAUACAUUUCAAAUGGAUUCUGGAUUGCCAAAGGAGAAAUGCGCUACUACCUUACGAUCCUUAUUAUCUUUUGCCGAAACUGAAAGAUUUGGCCUAUGAUUCUAUCGGUUUAAAUUCUUGUGAUUGUUGGGAUAAGAUAAAUUCCACUUUUCCAACAAAUACAAAUGAUCGCUCCUUCCUACAACCACAAUCGUCUUCCGCUACUCCAGCACUCCCGAAAACGUCUUUUCUGUUAAAUAAGUUCAAGCCGAAGGGUGACAAGAUUUGGGACAAGGCAAUGUCUCUACAACAGGAUAAUAAGACGAAUUUUUCUGUACUUGCACACACUUCGCCAUCGAUGGAUAACGACCAUCAAAACACUAUAUCGACGUUGAUAUUUAGUGACUGUUCAUUUGUCAUCCACCAAAAGUUCCCUGCCAAUCAUCGAUCAAUACUAACUAAAAUUAUCGUUCAAAAUGGGGGUAGGGUUGAAAAUUCUCGCAUGGACAGCGUAUAUGAACAUUCAUAUUUCAUCAUUCCAAGUGACUGCCCCCUUGAUUCAUUCGAUGAUUUACCUGGCAUUGCUGAUGACGAUGACGGCAUAGUUACAGAAUUUUUCGUUGAGCGCUGCUUGUAUUAUCAGAAACUACUAGACCCAAUAGACUCGUGGUCGAGACCUUUUCUCAAUACACUGGACUUCCAGGUGUUAUUUUCACCAAAAUUAUUGCAUCACGACGUUUCAUCUUCGUCUUUUUUAAAUGUUACCAUUACUGGAUUCUCGGGUGUGGAACUAUUACAUCUGACUAAAAUUCUAAACUUCUUAAAACCAAUGGGUAUCCAUUAUGCAGAAUACCUGAACAUGUCUACUGAUAUUUUGUUGAUCAACUUGGCGGCAUUGCCUAGUAUACCAAAGACUCACCCGCUAUGGUCGAAUGAGUUCAGUGACCUCUUUACUCAAUUUAGCAGUAACAACACUGAUGAUGACAGUGAUAACAACAAAAAAAAGGAUUUUCAAAGUAAUCCAAUCUUGAGAAACUCCAUGAAAAGGAAAAUUGAGUACAUCAAAAAAUUUCAUUCUAUACCAGUAGUUACACCAGCAUUUAUCUUUAAAUUAUUAUCCAUUGCGUCUGAAGAUAGCGACGAAAUCUUCUUGAAUAAUAUCAAAUGGUGCAUUAUUUGCCCAAGAGGACAAAAGGACGAUUUCAAAUGUAAAAUAAAAAAACAAAACCACACAAAUACUAGUUCUGAAAUAAAAUAUCAAAACAAUGACCCGAAAAUUGAUAAAACUAUUCUUUUAAAAAGAAGAAACUCCUCAUUAUCAGAGCAUUCCAUAAAGGAUACUAAAAACGAGUUAUUACAAAAAAUUAGAGAAACAGAUAGCGAGAGGAAAAGAAGCAGCUUACCAUCGACUGUCAAGGAGAAAUCCCCAGAGAGACAGAUGCCAAAUACAAAAAGAAUUAAGAUAGAGUCACCGCCAAAGAAUUUCGUUCCUAAACCAAUUAAAAGAACCACUAGUUGGGGUACGAUGAUGUCGGAAAAUAUAUCCACGAAUCUACCGAACGCAGUUCUCAAUGUAGAACAGACGACAACUGCUGAAGAGAUAUCUCAUACUCAAGUUACAUAUGGUUCAAUUCAAGAUAAAAAAAAUGCCUUUUCUUCGGAAAAGCCCAUAAAACGACAUACAAGAACUCAGACGAAAGAAUUGGGUUCUUAA